GUCAAGUCGAGAAUCGUGUCAUUAGAUUGACACAACCAAGCUUCUUUUUCUACCUUCUAGUUUUUCCAUGUUAACGAUGGUUCGAGUUAAGUUGUGUAUUCUGCCAUGCGCGAGAUGCCCUUCUCGGACCACAACACUAAUUCAUGGAUGGGUAAGAUUUUCACAUUCAAUGCUAGGGAUAUUUUAAAAACUUUUGCCACUAUGAUGGGCGAUGAUUUUACGGUAGGAGAGGGUUUUCACAAUGUGAAUAUAGAUAUUGCCACACAUUUUGUCUUCCGGCUCCAAUUUUUUAUCAGGGAUAUCGAUAUGGUUUGUACACUAGCGACGGCUCAUAUCAAAGACAAUUAUGUAUUAUGGAUGGACGAGGUUCAUCAGGCGGCAAAGGAUGUUCGGCAUGACGGUUGUGUUCUGGCAUCAGUCCAUCUAGAGCCUUCUGCACAGUCUUUUGCCCUUCAGGGCCAUGCUGGUUUUGAGGCAUGCUACGAUGCAAUUCUGGAAUAUGACCGGAAUUCUGACACCUUCCGUGCCAGGUACUUGUCCCGUUCUGCAAGUAACAUUGUGAAUGGGAUAUCAUGGGAGCGCAUCAGGAAACCACCUGUUAUGACAUCUCCCAGUGAGUUAUAUAUUCCAGAUGUUCUAAACGAACUGAGGCCUGGAGAUCAUAUAGAAAUCCAAUGGAGAAUGAAUCAAAAUUGGCCUUACGAGUGGUGGUAUGCAAUAGUUGGCCAUGCAGAUAAUUGUAUAAGUGAAAAUCAGAACUGCAGUUGCCAUCUUGAUGAAAUGUUUUGGAUUGAAUUCAGGCAGUAUCCAGUGGGUUCAACGUGGAGACGAUUUCAAAUAAGAAGAAAUAGGGCUACUGAAGUUGGCAGUGCGUCUGAUGGAUUCUAUGGAGGCAUCCGAAAAUUGACGAAUAUGGAGGAUAUCAAUGCUUGGUUGCAACCAAGCCUGGAAUCUGAUGGUCAAUGGUCGUUUUGACACUUCUGACCGUACAUGACAACUUAAAAAUUUAUUAGACCGUAUGGACUGACAUGCUAAAUUUUCAUAAAACUGUAUAUAUGAUACUUUAUGUUAUUAAAAAAUCAUUAAAAAAUAUUAUAAAUAAA